AUGUCAUCAGCCAUCGUUGUUGCUAUCGUGCUUCUCGUCGCAGUCUAUCUUCAUUCUCUUAGGAAACGACGAAAGCUCCCCCCUGGCCCAAAAGGCUUGCCUAUCCUCGGUGUUGCGAAAGAGCACCCGAAAACAGAGUUCUGGAAGACGUACGCAGAAUGGGGAAGAAAGUACGGAGACAUUGGCUUCAUCUCAUUCCAUGUUCUGGGACGACGAAUGGUUGUGAUCAACUCUGCGGCGGUCGCAGAGGAUUUGCUUGGGAAGAGGUCGUCAAUCUACUCGGAUAGGCCCUUCCCGACGAUGGGCGGCGAGCUCAUGAAGCGAGAGAAGAGCAUCUUUCAUAUUUCGUACAACGAAAGAUUCAAGACGUACCGGAAAUACAUGCAGUCGUCCUUCAAUCCGACUGCUACCCGAUCUUAUUGGCCAAUCCUGCAGAAGGAAGCGCGUAUUAUGGUCGCAAAUAUCACCACGACUCCUCAGCAUUUGGUUGAGCAUCUACGAAGAAACGCUGCAGCGACUACUAUGAAGAUUGCCUAUGGAUACACCGUUGACAAGGAAAAAGAUCACUUUAUUGACAUGGCGGAAGAAAGUAUGAGAGUCGGUUCGCUAGCCGGGGCUCCUGGGAAGUGGCUCGUCGAUUCUAUUCCUACUCUCAAAUACCUUCCAGAUUGGUUCCCUGGUGCCAGUUUCAAGAGGCAGGCGAAGGUUUGGAGUGAACAAAUGUACACACAAUUAUCAGAGCCCCAUGAGUGGGUUAAGUCCCAAAUGGCUGCUGGAACAGCAGAGCCCUCGUUUACUUCGCGCCUCCUCGAAGCUAGGGAUCCACAAGUCUCAGAAGUUGAACACGACGAGGUUGUGCUAUUCACAGGAGGGGCCAUCUACGCAGCAGGUGCCGACACGACUGUCGCCGCCGUCAAGGCCUUCUAUUUCCUUAUGAUGCUCUAUCCAGAGAUCCAGAAACGGGCCCAAGCAGAGGUCGAUUCAAUUAUCGCUAAAGAACAAAGGCUGCCCACAUUGCAAGACCGGCCCUCGAUGCCAUACAUUGACGCUGUCAUGCAGGAAGUCUUCCGCUGGACACCGUCCAGCCCAAUAGGUCUCUUCCACUGCACCGCUGCCGACGACGCGUACUACGGCUACUUCAUCCCCGCAAAGACGACCAUCAUCGCCAACAUCUGGGCGAUGACGCACGAUGCCGAACAGUAUCCCGACCCGUUCACCUUCAAUCCCGAGCGUUUCCUGAAGAAGGGCGGUAACGACACGGUCCAGCCUGACCCCCGCGCGCUCGUGUUUGGCUUCGGGCGGCGUGUGUGUCCGGGGCAGCACGUCGCUGAGGCGUCCAUCUUCAUGCAGAUGGUGACCACGCUGGCGGUGCUCGAUAUCUCGAAGCCUGUGGACAAGGACGGUCGCAUUAUCGAGCCUGAGAUAGCAUUCACCACAGCCAUUGUCAGCCAUGUCAAACCCUUCCAGUACUCUAUCAAGACGCGCUCGAAAGAAGCACUCACGCUCUUAAUGCAAGACAUCGCAGCUGAUUCUUAA